CCGGGAUAUUCGAGGGCAAAGGAGAACCAGACGAUAGGCCGAAAAACUAUAUCUAUGGAGCAACCCCACUCGGGUUCAAGGUUUACCACGCUAUCAUCAUUACAAAUCGAUCGCCUACGUAUUCGCGCAUAUCGAUAACCUUUUAAAGAUGCCUACGCCGCCCUUCUCCCCGGACCGCCAAGCCUGGAUACAAGAAAUCGGGAGUUUGUUCAAGACCAGAAGACACAGCUCAUUAGACAAAAGAGCAAUCGUGACCGGCAGAUCUCCAACACCGAGCGAUGACAUCUCCGUCUCAGCAUCUUCCAAAAACGAUAAGGCAGUGGGUAACUGGGCAAGAUGGUCUCAAUAACCUGAGGAUGGAGGAGGUGGAGUUGCCGAAGCCAGGAGAGGAUGAGGUCCUUGUGGAAAUCAAGGCUGUCAGUUUGAAUUAUAGGGAUACUGAAGUGUCAAUGGGCCUCUAUAACCACCACAAAUCUGUCGGAAACCAGCCCGCAAUCGUACCUUGCAGCGACAUGUGCGGUAUCGUCGUUUCAGUUGGCCCAGUCACAGACUCGGAUUCCCCAUUUAAAAAUCCCGCUUUUCGUCUCAAGCCCGGCGACCGCGUAAUCAGUACUUUCAACCAGACGCACCUGAGCGGUCAGAUACAGGUGGAAGAUAUGGGCAGCGGCCUCGGGAAACCCCUGCCGGGAGUUCUUACCCAAUAUCGCGUCUUCCCGUCUUAUGGCGUGGUUAAGGUACCCGACUACCUGUUGGACGAGGAAGCUAGCUGUUUGCCCAUUGCCGCCGUCACAGCAUGGAUGGCGUUGAAUUGUAUGAGGCCAAAGGGAGAGAUCAUCGGCUCUACUGAUGAGAGGGAAACCAUCGUCUGUCAAGGCACUGGUGGCGUGAGUAUAUCCGCAUGUCAAAUCGCCAGCGCAGCCGGAGCGAACGUUAUCGUCACCUCUUCCUCCGAUGACAAACUGAAGAAGGCCGCUGGGAUAGGUGCGAACGAGACAAUCAACUACAAGCACGUGCCUGACUGGGACGAAGAGGUUCUUAAGAGGACGGAGGGCCGGGGAGCGGAUAUUAUCAUUGAGGUUGGUGGUGCACAAACACUGCGUAAGAGCUUCGAAUGCGUACGAUUCGGCGGCCUCAUUGCAAGCAUCGGUUAUCUGUCAGGAAAGGAGGACGCGGAAGGUGACAGGACCAACGUCAACCUCCUAGCUCUGAAGCGCAAUGUUACGCUUAAGGGUAUCAUCAACGGGCCGCGGGAUCAGUUGGAGGAGAUGCUCAAGUUCUACCAACAACAUCAGAUCAGACCAGUUGUGGACAGGGUGUUCAGAUUUGAGGAGGCCAAGGAUGCAUUGAAAUACCUCUUUAGCGGGUCCCAUUUCGGAAAGGUGGUAGUGAAGGUU